AUGGUGGGCGGGGACGGGUCAGCUUCCCCAGAACUCUGGUCUCAGGGACCUGCUGCUGGCCAGAGAGGCAUAGAAAUUAUGCCGGCCAUGAUGGAUGACCCAGCAUCUCCCACCAUCUACCGCGUCGGUGGGGAGCCUCCAUAUCCGGACCCAAGUAACCCGUCGUUGCCGGCUAGUAUCGUGCCUCGUCAAGUGACCCUUCGAGACAGGCAAACAGUAGCCACUAUUGUCCCCUUUGUGUCUCGCCAACAAGUGCCCGUCUCGCUUCUCAGGUACCUGAGCGACCAGUUCGCCAAGGAGGUCAACAAUGGAGACACAUAUCCCAUGAUCGACCCUAUGCCAUUUGAGAAGUUUGCAUCCUACUGGUUCCAGAACUUUGGCGCUAUCAUGCUGCUGGGCAAGAUCGAAAAGCCCGAGGAUGUGGUUGACGACAAGGACUGGUCCAAGGAGUGCCUCGGCAGCUUCUACAUCAAGCCCAACUACCCAGGGCGGAGCUCUCAUGUCUGCAAUGCUGGCUUCCUUGUGACGGAUGCUGCGAGGAACCGUGGUGUUGGCCGGCUGAUGGGCGAGGCUUACCUCGACUAUGCACCAAAGCUGGGCUACACGUAUUCAGUCUUCAACCUCGUCUACGAGACCAACGUGGCUUCCUGCAAGAUCUGGGACGCACUCGGCUUCAAGCGCAUCGGCAGGGUCAAGGGCUGCGGCAACCUAAAGAGCUAUCCGGGGCGGCUCAUCGACGCCAUCAUCUACGGACGAGACCUCUCGGUCGACGAAAACAGCGAGGAACUUGUGAGUGAAGAACGCUUCGACAAGAUCAAGUUCUAUCUCAAAUACGGUAAAUACCCAAACGGCGCUGACCGGGCCGAAAAAAGCAGACUUCGGAGCGCCGCGACACAUUACAAGCUGCUUGAUGACGACAAACUCAUGCUCAAGGACAAAGAGGUCAUCUCAGACCCCCAGAAGCAGUACGACAUUGCCCGUCAGGUCCACUCGCAGCACCACGGCGGCAUCAACAAGACCACCGCCACCAUUGCUGAGAAGUAUCACUGGUCUCGGAUAAAAGAGACCGUCUCCGAUGUAAUUAGGGCGUGUGCCGAAUGCAAGGACUCGUCAAAGCCAAAUACAAGCUUGGUCUACGGCAAUUCUGUCCAUCAGAAGAAGCCGCCAACACCAACCCAGAAGCAAAGUGAUGCCACUACUCCUCCGGCUGCUCCUGCGCCGGUUGCUACCGUCUCGUCUGCGCCUGUGAUCCCCGCCAUCGCAAAUAUUGUCUCGACGCCUGUGGCAGACAGGCCAGAUAGAGCCGACACAGGCCACGCCCACGCCCACGCCCACCUGCCUAGCUUCUCCCCGGCCCCUUACCCGGUUCACCAUGAUGACAUGUCCCAACAUCACAGUCUGCCCCGGCACUCACCUGUCUCCUCCCAUUCCGAGGGGCAGUCGCUGCCACUCCCCGUCGUGCACUCCCCGGCCUAUCAACCCAUAGAUCCACAGAUCAUCAACCAGCCACCUCCAAGCCAUCCAUCCCCGUCCUCAUAUGCGCACCACCACCCCAUACACGUCCAUCACCAUCACCAUCACGACCCGUAUCACCCGUACCACACAGACGUAGAAGCGAACAGCUUCCAAGACCUGCUUGCCGUUGGCCACCACAGCCACGUCGAGGGUGCUGAAGAUGAUGCGGUGGACCGUGACCUUGACAUGAUACUCAUGGAGCAGGCAGAUGAUGACGGCGUGGAUGGGGCAGGUGCCAGGAUGGAGGUCGACGACCUCGAUGUGGAUGUCGGUGUCGGGGUUGGUGUCGAGUUGGCAGGCACCGGUGGGGAACAUGAUGAUCUAUCGAAGAUGAGCGUCGGCCAUGUUCUUGCGACCCCUGAGCCGGAUGACCAAGUCGGAGUGGAUGUAGAUGGGGGCGAUCCUGCGUCAGGGAAUAAGGACAAAGAGGACGCUGGUGUCUUCGGCAUUGGCUAUCCAGCUGCUGGAUAG